UCCUCAGCAAAAGCCCUUGUCAGUUUAAAAGAGGGAAGCUUAUCUAACACAUGGAAUGAAAAGUAUAAUUCUUUACAGAAAACACCUGUUUGGAAAGGCAGAAACACAGGCUCUGCUGUGGAAAUGCCUUUUAGAAAUUCGAAACGAAGUCGACUCUUUUCUGAAGAAGACGACCGACAAAUAAAUACAAGGUCACCUAAAAGAAACCAGAGGGUUGCAAUGGUUCCACAGAAAUUUACAGCAACAAUGUCAACACCAGAUAAGAAAGCAUCACAGAAGAUUGGUUUUCGAUUACGUAACCUACUCAAGCUUCCCAAAGCACAUAAAUGGUGCAUAUAUGAGUGGUUCUAUUCAAAUAUAGAUAAACCACUUUUUGAAGGUGAUAAUGACUUCUGUGUAUGUCUAAAGGAAUCUUUUCCUAAUUUGAAGACAAGAAAGUUAACAAGAGUAGAAUGGGGAAAAAUCAGACGACUUAUGGGAAAACCACGGAGAUGUUCUUCUGCAUUUUUUGAGGAAGAGAGAUCAGCAUUAAAACAGAAACGGCAGAAAAUAAGGCUCUUACAACAAAGGAAGGUUGCAGAUGUUUCACAAUUCAAAGAUCUCCCAGAUGAAAUUCCUUUACCCCUGGUUAUUGGAACCAAAGUUACAGCACGAUUACGUGGUGUUCAUGACGGUCUGUUCACUGGACAAAUAGAUGCUGUGGAUACUCUUAAUGCUACUUAUAGAGUAACUUUUGAUAGGACAGGGCUUGGAACUCAUACCAUCCCUGACUAUGAAGUUCUUAGUAAUGAGCCUCAUGAGACGAUGCCAAUUGCUGCCUUUGGACAAAAACAGCGGCCUUCUCGAUUUUUCAUGACUCCACCACGGUUACAUUAUACUCCCCCUCUCCAGUCACCUGUUACAGAUAAUGAUCCUUUAUUAGGACAGUCACCUUGGAGAAAUAAAAUUUCUGGCUCCGACACUGAGACAUUAGGUGGUUUUCCAGUAGAGUUCCUUAUCCAAGUGACCAGAUUAUCAAAAAUUCUCAUGAUUAAAAAGGAACAUAUCAAGAAAUUGAGGGAAAUGAACACAGAAGCAGAAAAAUUGAAAUCAUAUUCCAUGCCCAUUGGCAUUGAAUUUCAGCGGAGAUACGCAACCAUUGUUCUAGAGCUUGAACAGCUGAACAAGGACCUAAACAAAGUUUUACAUAAAGUUCAACAGUACUGCUAUGAGCUUGCUCCAGACCAGGGUCUCCAGCCUGCAGAUCAGCCAACAGAUAUGAGACGAAGGUGUGAAGAAGAAGCACAGGAAAUUGUCCGGCAUGCAAAUUCCUCAACAGGACAGCCCUGUGUUGAAAACGAAAAUCUUACAGACUUAAUCUCCAGACUUACAGCUAUUUUGUUACAAAUUAAGUGUCUAGCAGAAGGAGGAGACCUGAAUUCCUUUGAAUUCAAAUCACUUACAGAUUCAUUAAAUGACAUCAAGAAUACAAUAGAUGCUUCUAAUAUCAGUUGCUUUCAGAAUAAUGUAGAAAUCCAUGUGGCACAUAUUCAGAGUGGCCUGAGCCAGAUGGGAAACUUACAUGCCUUUGCAGCAAAUAACACCAACAGAGACUGAGAAGAUUUAAUUAUUUCAACUGCAUAGGACAUUGUUUUUGUUUUCCUUUAUAUA